AUGCCGCCGAACACGAGGGGUAAGACCCCCAUUCUCCUCCUCAAGACCAGAUCUACUCCCACUGACCGGUACGAGGACUACUUUGCUGCUGAUUUCGACCCUAUCUUCUUGCCGGUUCUGGAGCAUCACGGCAAGGAGGAUGCCUUAGCUCGAGUCCGCCAGGAGAUCACAGAGGGAGCCUUUCUCCACGAGUCUAAACAAGGUCUGAAUAAGUACGGCGCUAUCAUUUUCACCUCUCAACGAGCUGUGGAGGCGUUCGCCAAGAUCAUUGAAGACCUGAGAAAGGAAGGAAAGCCUGUAGACGAGUUGCUACCCGAGACCCUUCCGCUAUACGUGGUUGGACCUGCCACUGCCCGGGGCCUCAGAGCGAUCGGUCUUCAAUGUCCUAUUCUAGGAGAAGCAUGUGGGAACGGGGAGGCUCUGGCUGCUUUCAUGCUGAAGCAUUACAAUGAUGUAUAUAAUGGGCCCAGCAAACCCCCGCUACUGUUUCUGGUUGGCGACAAACGCAGGGACAUCAUUCCAAAGACCUUACAAUCCGAGGACCUGGGCCCUGAGAGGCGCUGCCGAAUAGACGAACUGGUGGUGUACGAGACGGGGGAGAUGCUCCCUUUCAAGGACAACUUCUCCUCGAUUGUCCAGGAAAAUAUCAAACGCGGAAAGCCAACCCAAUGGGUCGUUGUCUUCUCUCCUACGGGAUGCAAAGCCAUGCUGGAAGGCCUGGGCGUGCUCGACGAGCAAACCGGGAGAGUCAACAGCGAAGCUCGACCCGCUCACAACAUCUUCGUCGCUACGAUAGGAUCAACGACACGCGACUAUCUCGUCCACGACUUUGGAUUCUCGCCAGACGUCUGCGCUGAGGAGCCAACAGCCGAAGGAGUCGGCAAUGGCAACAUGGUGACCACACGCUCACACUCUGGUCCCCGGCCGGCCGAGAGGGCUGCCACUCGAAGCAAGAGAAAGGAGCACCCUUCUAAGGAGGAUUCCAAGCCCAAAGCGGCCAAAAAACAAACCAAGAUCGAGGAGAACAUCGAGGGAGCUGGGAAGCAUGAGAAGCAAGUUGAGGCUGAGAUGAAGGAGGCCCCUUCAGCUGCAGAGGCCAAUGGCCCUCCCAAAAAGACGAAAGGAACCAACCAAGACAGUAGCAAGGCCAAAGCGCCCGCAAAACCGGAGAGCGAAGCCCUUGAGAAGGACACCGAACGCGCGGAGAAGAUGGCAUCGAACAUUGUGGAGAAGGGUAUCAUCUACUUUUUUGCCCGGAGCCGAGUAGGUAUCGAGAAUCCAGAAAGUGUCGGCGACCUGCAGAGGACCUAUUUUGUUUUGCGUCCCUUGCCGGCCGAGACAAAGCUCGGGCAAGGACCGAUCCCUGACGAGCCAGCGAACCGAUUGUUUGCGCUGCCGAAGAAGACAUUUCCCAAGAGCCACAGAGACCGCUUCAUGGCAUUCGUGGAGAAGUCCAAAACGAGUAUCAAGGACCUCAAGGAGAACUUCUUCAAAGCGACAGAGUACGAAACCAAAACUUCAGGCACACGCCGUCAAGAACCCGUCACGCCCAUUGCAGAAGGAGUAUACGCGAUUACCCGCACAGAUGACGGAACCACGCAUCUAGCAUAUUCAUUGACGAUUCCAGAGGACCUGGGAGAGGUGCAGGAGGACCUGGGACUACGUUCGCAGGGCAGCUUCAUCAUAAGUGUGAAGAACCCUGAGCGCCCGGGCCCAGCAAGUGCACGGCUUCCGAAGGGCCCCGAGUUCCCCAAGGAGAUUAUCGAAGAAUUCCGUGGCUUAGCAUGGACGGAGGUCAAGCCGAAAUAUCUGGACUAUGAGAAUGCUCAGAUCCUGCUUAUCGGAGAGAAUACGGAGAAGGCGGUGCAUGCAACCAAGGCGAACGAGGAGCAAGGCAAGGAGGCACCCGGGGAGGAGCUUGAGCAGCUCCAAUAUGAAGACGAACUGCGGGUGCAAAACCUCGAUGGCGAUGAUACUGUAUUCGUCGAUCUCAAGCUGAGCAAAGCCGAGUAUCCACAGGUACCGACGACGUGGUGA